GAGGGAAGUUGUGGAGAAGGUAUUUGUGUGUUCUUUUUUGAGGUGUUGUUUCUGCUGAAAACGUUAAAACAUAGUGUGAUAGUGUGUGAAAUUGCAUGUAGUUUUAUUUGUUAUAUUCAGUGUACUUUAAGAACAUUCCAACAUGAAGAAAUAGCUGAACAUACACGCGAACCACGUUCCGUUUCCAACGUAGAAGCAGAUGCAGAAAUUCUCCUCAACAUCCAGAACUUGGGCCUAUGCUGUUCCGGUAGGAUAGGACACUGAACUCCACAUCCAUACAAACCAACAGAACCACACGAGUACAACUCCACUGGAAGAUAUGGCUGCUGCACGGGCAGUCAACCCCAGUAAUCAAUGUUUGAAAGUGUUUGUGCAACGAGAUUAUAGUGAAGGAACCUUAGUAAAAUUCCAGACUCGUUUCCCUACGGAACUGGAGGAUAGGAUAGAACGGCAGGCAUUUGAGUAUACAGUUAAUCAGCUGAAUGCUAUGUAUGCGGAGGCAGAGAAAGCUGGCUGCAGUACUUACUGCGAAGGCUGCAUGGCUUGCCUCACAGCAUACCUCAUUUAUAUAUGUACUGAAACACAUUAUGAGAAGUGCCUGCGGAAGGUAGCGAAGUUCAUCGUGGAGCAGAAUGAAAGAGUAUAUGCCCCGCGGGGUCUCCUCAUCACAGAUCCAACUGAGAGAGGCCUUAGAGUUAUAGAAAUCUCAAUAUUAAAUGAACCUGCCGCUACUCGAACGUGACUCUCUCUUUCAGAAUCUACCGAAGAAUUUUUCAUGUGAAUUGUGUGUCAUUCUGAACCUCCCACGCUAACAACAAAGACACGACAAUGGAGUUUCCUUGUAUCCAUGGAAUUUCGGAUACUGAUAUCAUGAGUAUUUUUAACAAAGAAUUGUUCAUAUAACUCCUGUAUUUAAAGGAAAUGUUUUAUUCCCUUGGAAACUUUGGUACAGGAAUUGAAGCCCUUUAAGUGAAGGUUUUUUUAUUAUUUUUAAGCCAGGGGGUGAGGGGGUGAUGCUUAAUGAAAAAGAGAGCAGACAUGUGGUAU